AUGAACAAAGCACAAUUUUCUCGGCCGGAGCCAGCUUUGAUCAAACUUCAAGCAUUUGUUGUUACAAAGACCCCAACAAUUUUUCAACUACGGGCUUGUGUUUUCAGUCGGUCUGAGGAUGUUCAAACCGUUCUUUCUGGAUUUGGUAGUGCGGAUAUUGAGCUCCUGUCAAUUUGGAACUACAACCCAGACCUUUUCUUUCGGAUACCACACCUCACAUCUCAACAUUAUCACCUUGGACAAUCUAGCGACCACAGUUGGCUUGACCCAUACAUUGCCCUCUGCCGUACAACUUUGAAAGAUCACCAACUGAGCGCUGUCCGAUUUCUGAAACGAAACGAAUCCAACGAAGAGAUAACUUCACAACUCUGGAGCCACUCUGACAACGACUGGAUCAGGGAUAGUGUCGAAGAAUGUACUGAACUGAUGGCUGGUAGUGAAUAUGAGAAACCACGAGGAUCAAUACUUGCUGAUGACAUGGGGCUUGGAAAGACUUUGACGGCAUUAAUGUUCAUUCUGGCGACCAGCCAAUCAGCCCACCUUUCUCAGCGAUCUCGCCUCGGCAAUUCAGCAAUGGCGUCCGGAGCUACUCUUUAUUGUAUGUCCCUUGGCAACUCUGUCGAACUGGGAAAACGAGAUCCAAAUGCAUUUUCAACCACAAACCCAUAA